AAAAGGAGAAAGAAAAAAUCGUAUCAUAGACGAAGUCCGUCUGUGAACAAGGGGAACGAGCGAACGAGAAAGAUAACCGAAGAAGAAGACGACGUCGACGACGACGACGAAGAAGAACACGAAACACGAAGAACUAACCUCUCUUCAGCUUCAAUCCAUGGCUCUGUCCUCUUCCGAGGCCGAUGCAUUGAGUUGCACCGCUUUUGCUUAGCCUCAUUACCUAAUCUCUACUUCUCAAGGAUUUUGAAGAAGAAGAAUUGCUAGUAUCGAAUUUCUUGUGUUUUUACAUAUAUAAAUACUUGAUAAAUAAAAGCGGUGGGAUGAGCUAUAAUGGCACAACAAUCCUCUCGUCUUCAUCGUUUGCUCACUCUCUUGGACACUGGUUCGUCCCAGUCCACAAGAUUCACUGCUGCUCGCCAGAUUGGGGAAAUUGCCAAAUCGCAUCCUCAAGACUUGGUCUCUCUUUUGAAAAAGGUUUCUCAGUAUCUUCGUAGCAAAAACUGGGAUACGAGGGUUGCUGCUGCUCGUGCUAUUGGGGCUAUAGCUGAGAAUGUUAAUCACACAUCUUUGCCUCAACUCUUUUCUUGCUUCAAAUCAAAAUUGUCCGACUUUGGAAUGCCUGGUAUUUCUGAAGAUUUGCUUGCAUUGCCAGAUUUUCAUUCCAACGUUGCUGGCAUCUCUUUCAGAAGCUUUAAUAUCAACAAAGUACUCGAGUUUGGUGCUCUGUUGGCAUCUGGAGGACAGGAGUAUGACAUCGCGUAUGAUAGUUUGAAGAACCCAAGGGAGAGGUUGGCUCGUCAGAAGCAAAAUCUUCGGCGGCGUUUAGGCUUGGAAGUAUGUGAGCAGUUCAUGGAUGUAAAUGAUAUGAUAAGAGAUGAAGACCUUAUUAUGCAGAACUCCCAUGGGAAUGGAAUAAAUCAAAGAGUUUAUGUGCCACAUAAUAUUCAGCGAUUAGUUGCAGAUAUGGUUCCAAGCAUGAUCUCGAAAAGGCCCAGUCCUAGAGAAAGGAAUCUUCUGAAACGAAAAGCAAAAAUUAGCUCAAAAGACCAAAUGAAAGGUUGGGCUGAGGAUGGGGACUCAAGGGUGUUAGGUGCACAGAAUGUGACCGUGCCAAAGGUCUCAAGUACUGAUCCAUUAAGUUCUAGUAAGGCCUCUAUGGAUGUUAAUGAUGAUGAAGACAGCUUGGACCAUGACAAAGAUGGAUUGUGGCCUUUCCAUAGUUUUGUUGAGCAGCUUCUACUUGAUAUGUUUGAUCCUGUCUGGGAAGUUCGGCAUGGUAGUGUGAUGGCUUUGAGGGAAAUUUUAACCCAUCAAGGAGCUUCUGCUGGAGUAUUUAUGCCUGACUUGAGCUUGGAUGGUGCACAGUUUUUUCAAUUAGAAGAUGAAUUUGUAUCACAUAGAAUGAAGAGAGAGAGAGAGAUUGAUUUGAAUAUGCAAGGACCAACAGAUGAGUUUGAACCAAACAUGAAAAUGCCGAAGUUUACUGAUGUGUCAUCUCCAUGGGUGGAUACAAUGACUGUUGCCAACAUAGAUUGUAACUCUGACAUCAAUAUAAAGGUUGAAGAUGGUAGUAUGUGUGAUUUGCUUGCUGAGCCAAUUACUGAGUUGUCCAACCUUAGCUCUGUUAAGGUGGAGUCAGAUUCUCACCUUGAUACUACAUUGUAUUCAACUAAAGAAGAUACUACAUUGUAUUCAAAUAAAGAAGUAACUGAGACAGCCAUAUUCGAGGACUCCUCCAGCAUUAAGGAAACAGAUGUGAUGAAAAAUAUAUCUGAAAAUUCUGAGCUGAUGAACUGGAUUAAAUUGGCUAGGCAUUCUUGGCUUAAGAACUGCCAAUUUCUUCAAGAAUGUGCAAUCCGCUUCCUGUGUGUUUUGUCAUUAGACCGUUUUGGAGAUUAUGUAUCUGAUCAGGUUGUUGCACCAGUGCGGGAAACCUGUGCUCAGGCAUUAGGUGUAGUUUUCAAGUACAUGCAUCCCACUUUACUACAUGAAACAUUGACUAUCUUGCUGGAGAUGCAGGUAAAUUUCAUACCAGAAUGGGAGAUUCGCCAUGGAAGUCUGUUGGGUAUCAAGUACUUGGUGGCUGUAAGGAAGGAGAUGCUUCAUGAAUUGCUUGGACGUGUUCUCCCCGCAUGUAAAGCUGGGCUGGAGGACCCUGAUGAUGAUGUUCGAGCUGUUGCAGCUGAUGCUUUGAUACCAACAGCAGCUGCAAUUGUUAAUCUACAGGGUCAGACAUUGAAUUCCAUAGUGAUGUUACUAUGGGAUAUAUUACUUGAUUUGGAUGAUUUGAGUCCAUCUACCAGCAGUGUGAUGAAUUUGUUAGCGGAAAUUUAUUCCCAGGAUGAAAUAAUUCCAAAAAUGUUGGGAAGGUCUAAAGACAGCCAAGAAUUUGAUCUAAAUGAGGUAGGCUUCAUUGAUGAUAGUACUGGAGGAGUGAGUAUGCAGGAGAAUCCUUUUAUGUUAGCAACAUUGGCUCCGCGUUUAUGGCCAUUUAUGAGACAUAGUAUAGCAUCAGUCCGUUAUUCAGCUAUUCGCACUUUGGAGCGACUGCUUGAAGCUGGAUAUAAAAGAAACAUUUCUGACUCUUGUAGUUCUUCCUUUUGGCCAUCAUUUAUACUUGGUGAUACCCUUAGAAUUGUCUUCCAGAAUUUGCUGUUGGAUUCAAAUGACGAAAUUUUGCAAUGUUCUGAGAGAGUCUGGAGACUCCUUAUUCAGUCUCCAAAGGAGGACCUGGAAAUUGCUGCAAGGUCAUACAUGUCUUCUUGGAUUGAACUUGCAAGUACUCCAUAUGGUUCAGUGUUAGAUGCUACAAAAAUGUUUUGGCCAGUUGCCCUUCCACGGAAAAGUCAUUUUAGAGCAGCAGCUAAAAUGAGAGCUGUAAAUCUUGAAAACGAAUCUCAUAGAAACAUCCCCUUAGAAUCUACAAAUGGAGCUAUUCCACACGAGAGAAUAGGAGAUGCUUCCAUUAAUCCUGUUAAGAUAAUUGUUGGCACUGAUGUGGAAAUGUCAGUCACUCGUACCCGAGUGGUCACAGCAACAGCAUUGGGCAUUUUUGCAUCUAUGUUGGAAGAAGGGUCUACACAAUAUGUUGUUGAUCCAUUAUCGAGUGCACUGACCUCUAUGUCUGGCGUCCAGCGGCAGGUGGCAUCUAUGAUUCUUAUUUCUUGGUUCAAAGAGAUAAAAAGCGGGGGCUCAAAUGAAAAUCAAGGAACUACGUCAAGUUUUCCCAAUCAUCUUAGAAAUUGGUUGUUGGACUUGUUGGCAUGCUCUGACCCUACAUUCCCUACUAAAAAUUCGCUUCUACCUUAUUUAGAGCUUUCAAGAACCUAUUCUAAGAUGCGUGGUGAGGCUAGUCAGUUAUUACAUACUAUGGAAUCAUUGGGUAUGUUCGAUAACUCGUUAUCAAUUACAAAGCCUGAAUGUGAAACUUUGAGUGUGGAUGAUGCAAUAAGUUUUGCAUCCAAAGUUCCAGCCUUGUGUAAUGAUAAUGUUGGGAAUGAAUCUGUUGGACAUCUUGAGGAUAUGGAGUCAGCAAGACAACGACUUCUUACAACUUCAGGGUAUUUGAAAUGUGUGCAGAUUAAUCUCCACGUUUCAGUCUCUGCCCUUGUUGCUGCAGCAGUUGUUUGGAUGUCAGAGCUUCCCGCACGACUUAAUCCAAUUAUCUUGCCUCUAAUGGCUUCAAUCAGAAGAGAACAGGAGGAGAGAUUGCAAGAGAAGGCUGCUGAAGCACUUGCAGAACUUAUUUAUUAUUGUAUUUCGCGUAAGCCUAGCCCAAAUGAUAAAUUAAUUAAGAAUGUAUGUAGUUUAACAUGUAUGGAUCCAUGCGAGACACCUCAGGCUGCAGUUAUUGGCUCCAUGGAAAUUAUUGAUGAUCAAGAUCUUCUUUCCUUUGGGACUGCCACUAACAAGCAGAAAACAAAGGGUCAGAUGAUAGCUGGUGGUGAAGACCGGUCGAAGGUCGAGGGCUUCAUUGGCAGACGAGGGUCUGAACUUGCAUUGAAGCAUCUCUGUGAGAAGUUUGGUGCUUCAUUAUUUGAUAAGCUUCCUAAAUUGUGGGAUUGCCUCACAGAAGUUCUUAACCCUAGCACUAAUGAGUCUUUAACUCCAAAUGAGAAUCAAGUCACACAAAUUAUUGACUCUGUGCAGGAUCCUCAAAUCUUGAUAAAUAAUAUCCAGGUGGUACGUUCUAUUGUUCCUUUGCUAAAUGAGGCACUCAAACCAAAACUUCUGACCCUUCUCCCAUGUCUUUUCUAUUGUAUUCGUCAUUCUCACAUAGCUGUUAGAUUAGCUUCUUCUCGGUGCAUUACUUCAAUGGCCAAGUCAAUGACAGUACAUGCGAUGGGAGCUAUAGUUGAAAAUUCUAUUCAGAUGUUAGGAGAUAAUUCGUCUGUUAGUGCAAGACAAGGUGCAGGCAUGCUGAUUAGUUUGCUCGUUCAGGGAUUGGGUCCAGAGCUUGUUUCCUAUUCUCCUUUGUUAGUUGUUCCUCUUUUAAGGUGUAUGAGCGAUUGCGAUCAGUCUGUCAGACAAAGUGUGACACAUAGUUUUGCUGCCCUUGUACCUCUUCUUCCAUUGGCUAGAGGUCUUCCCCCACCUGUUGGACUAAGCGAUAGUUUCUCUAGGAGUGCCGAAGAUGCACAGUUUCUUGAGCAACUACUUGACAACUCCAAUAUUGAUGAUUACAAACUCUCUACUGAUUUGAAAGUAACAUUAAGGAGGUAUCAACAAGAAGGUAUAAAUUGGUUGGCUUUCUUAAAACGUUUCAAGCUUCAUGGAAUUUUAUGUGAUGAUAUGGGGCUUGGAAAAACACUUCAAGCAUCAGCUAUUGUGGCUUCUGACAUAGUUGAGUGCCGUACUUCAAAUAACAAUGAGAGCCGUUCCCCAUCUUUGAUUAUUUGCCCAUCAACCCUGGUUGGACACUGGGCAUUUGAGAUAGAGAAGUAUAUAGAUGUUUCAGUCAUAUCUACUCUUCAAUAUGUUGGCUCUGCUCAAGACCGCAUCUAUCUUAGAGAUCAUUUUGAUAAGCAUAAUGUAAUAAUAACAUCGUAUGAUGUUAUUCGUAAAGACAUUGAUUAUCUUGGGAAGCUACAAUGGAAUUACUGUAUCUUAGAUGAAGGACAUAUCAUAAAGAAUGCCAAGUCUAAAAUUACACAUGCAGUGAAACAAUUAAAAGCUCAGCACCGGUUGAUUUUGAGUGGAACACCAAUCCAGAAUAACGUCAUGGACUUGUGGUCCCUUUUUGAUUUUUUAAUGCCGGGCUUUCUUGGAACUGAGAGACAGUUCCAAGCCACUUAUGGGAAACCGUUGGUAGCAGCCAGAGAUCCUAAAUGUUCUGCCAAGGAUGCUGAAGCAGGGGCACUUGCUAUGGAAGCAUUGCACAAACAGGUCAUGCCUUUCCUCCUUCGACGAACAAAGGAUGAAGUUUUGUCUGAUCUUCCAGAGAAAAUUAUUCAAGACAGAUACUGUGACCUGAGUCCUGUACAAUUAAAACUUUAUGAGCAAUUUUCUGGUUCGAAUGUAAAACACGAAAUCUCAAGUAUUGUAAAAUCAAAUGAGUCCGGAGAUACAGGAGAAGGAAGCAGUGUAUCAACCAAAGCAUCUUCACAUGUUUUCCAGGCACUUCAAUAUUUGCUAAAGCUUUGUAGUCAUCCAUUGCUUGUCCUUGGAGAUAAGAUCCCCGAAUCAAUUGAAUGCCUUUUGUCCGAGCAACAUGCUAGUUCUGACCCCAUUUCAGAACUGCAUAGACCUUUCCACUCUCCCAAACUCGUUGCACUUCAGGAGAUACUGGAAGAGUGUGGGAUAGGCAUUGAUGCAUCUAAUUCUGACGCUGCUGUGGGUGUCGGUCAGCAUAGAGUCUUAAUAUUUGCUCAGCAUAAGGCCUUUCUGGACAUUAUUGAAAGAGACUUGUUUCAGACCUAUAUGAAAAGUGUAACUUACUUGCGGUUGGAUGGGUCAGUUGAACCAGAAAAACGUUUUGACAUUGUUAAAGCUUUCAAUUCAGACCCUACUAUUGAUGUCUUACUGCUGACAACACACGUUGGUGGCCUCGGGCUGAACCUGACAUCGGCCGACACACUUGUUUUCAUGGAGCACGACUGGAAUCCAAUGCGCGAUCAUCAGGCCAUGGAUAGAGCACACAGAUUAGGUCAGAAAAAAGUAGUGAAUGUUCAUCGCCUGAUAAUGCGCGGAACCUUGGAAGAGAAAGUUAUGAGCUUGCAAAAGUUCAAAGUUUCAGUUGCUAAUGCAGUGAUUAAUUCAGAAAAUGCCAGCAUGAAAACAAUGAACACAGAUCAGCUACUCGAUCUCUUUGCAUCGGCAGAGACUUCCAAAAGGGGAACCUCUGUAUCGAAGCAAACGGAUAAUAAGUUUGAUGGAGAUGCGAAAUUACCGGGAAGCAAGAAGGGGUUAAAAGCCAUUCUUGGCGGGCUAGAGGAGCUCUGGGAUCACUCACAGUACACCGAAGAAUACAAUCUAAAUCAAUUCUUAUCAAAGCUUAGUGGCUAAAAAUUGGUGCUUUCCACUUUGUACAGCGUUUGUAUAUUUCGCCACCGAGCAAGCAAGCAAGCGAAAGUCAGGCCGGAAAUUUUGAUAGCGAAGAAGAAUCAUCGGCCCCCGUCUCUUCCCAAAUUUAUUUGUUCGAUUUAUAUAUUCUUUUGUCCUCCUCUACAGGGCUGUUAUAUUAUGAAGCAGGAGGGAGGGGGGAGUGGGUUGGGGAAGAAGAAUGGUUUUUUUUCUGUCUCAAGUGACGGCUAAGAUAGUAACACAAGAAGGUUUUGGAAAAGGGAAAGAGAAUAGUGUAAAUUUCGGAUACUGUAAAUACAAUCAGUUUCUAUUUCUUUUCUUUAUUACUUCUUUAUAGUAUUCUCUUCUCUGUGCUGACUUGUUCUGAAAUUGUUACCAUACGCAGAGCUAUGACUAUGAACCACAGCUUACAACCAUGAUAACACAACACAACAUAACAUAAUUUGUUCCGAUA